AUGGCACUUAUUGUUUCACAACUAGUCAACCAAGAAGGUUGGGAUCUUACCAAAAUAAGAAAUACUUUUGAUGAGACUAUAUCCCAGCUCAUCCAAAAAAUCCCCCUCUCACGGCUUGCUCCAAAAGAUUGUUGGAUUUGGAUCUCCAAUAACUCAGGGGAGUUUUCGGUCAAGUCUGCUUAUUGGUUAAGUAGAAACAUUAGCCCUCCCAUAAACCAAGACAUGAUUCACGGCCUUAUUUGGAAGUCAAAAAUCCAUGAAAGGCUUAAAAUGCACCUGUGGCGUAUUGCGGCAAAUUGCUUACCUACUAAAGAUUGUUUAGCCAGAUUCUGUGAUUUAGAUGAUGUCCUUCGCCCUCUUUGCAAGGAUGCUGAAGAAUCUAGCCUCCAUCUCUUUAUCUCUUGCCCCUUUACAAGAGCUAUGUGGUUUAAUUCCAAGUGGGGUCUAAGAUUAGAAAAUUUGAACUUAAACUCUCCUUCUCAUCUUAUUGGGGUCUUCCUUAACCCUCCCACUGAAGUUAAUAUUGUGGGAGUUAAAAGGGGUGAAUUCUUAUUGUUUGAGGCUGUUAUUUGUGAAGCCAUUUGGAGGGCUAGAAAUCUAGCUAUCUUUGAAGUUCAAAGGUGGAAGAACCCACCUAGAGAUUCAAUCAAGAUAAAUGUUGAUGCUGCUUUCAAAGAUGAUAAAUCCUCCAUUGCAGCGGUCGCUAGAGAUUGGAGAGGUGAAGUGGUUUUUGUUUGUGCUAAGAGAGUAUAUUCCAACCUCCCUCUUCAGGCAAAAACAGAAGCCAUUAAAUGGGCUUUAAGUUUAGCUAAAAGUAUUGAUGUAGCUGCUAUGAUUGUGGAGAAUGACUCCAAAGACUAUGUAGACGCUCUAGCUCCUUCUGGUAAACAGGUUCCCUGGAGAAUUAGAGGUUUUGGCCCUUCCUGUUUUGAGCUUAUCAUUAAGGAAGAGGCUCUUGUUUCCUCUUUGUAG